GGCAAAACAAAGCAAUAAAAAGGAAACAAAAAUACAUGAAAAAGAGAUUAAAACAUUUGUAAAUCAACAAAACACCUUGGUGUACACUUAUUAUUUAGGAAUGAUUUUUACUGGAGCAACUUCAGCGCAAAAAAGGCUACUCCGUGAACUGGUUACGCCUCACUAUUACAUUACCGCUCUUAGGGUUUAUGAUAUCUUUGUCGUUGUCGGCAUGGCUCAAAUUUAUCGAACGGCCAUAGUCAUCUAUUAUGAUAUUCAAGACUUAAGAGUUGCAGAAGUAAGGCAAAUUAUUGAUAAUAGCUCAUAG